GGGUGACAUUGUCAAUCAAAUUCACCAAUUAGUUAGUGAUUUCUGAGCUGAAUCAAAACUAGGUACACCGCUGAUGCGAUAAGCCUUGAACGAGUAAAACAGCCGUCCUGUGUAUAGAUCAUUUCAGUCUGUCUAGUAAGUACUGCUGGCUGAUGCAAGUGGUAUCAUUAUUCCCUUCGUUCCUAGUUGAACACAGGGCUUCAACAGCACAUCUCCACUUUCUUCUAUUUCCUUCACUCGUCGUCAGCUGAGUCAACGACUGACCAUAAUCUUUCAUCUUGCACGAUCUCCCCUAUGACACCCUAGAAUAACCCACAUGUCGUUCCCUAUUGGGUUCCACUCGAGCCAUGUCCUGGUGCGAGAUAUCGUUCAAUGAUCUCAACGUAUGCCUGAGCCGUCUCUAUUUUCCUCAUAUUUGUUGAGCAAUCGGCCCUUGGUUGUUUGGUUUCCAGCCAGAGAUUUUUCGCUCUAAUUCUUUUUAGCCGGCCAUUUGAUCUCCAUUAUGGAGCCAGCGAAGGCAGCUGUUGACGAAAGUCUGCCGUAGUCUGUUGGAAAUCCUUUUCGUGACACACUGGCCAAGUUUCUAACCCGCAUAGAAGAACUGGAGGACUUCACAUGUGUGUUGAACAAAAUCCGAAUCUUGUUGUUUAUGCUGAGGCUGAGUGCAGAAGAUUUCCAAACUGGCUUCAGGUUGAUAAAUGCAUAUCUUGCCUUUUCGAUUCUGACUAGCUCUGACGUCCUCAUCCAUUCCGUCUGUGGCUGAAACCGUGCUUCUUAGAUAAGUGUUAUGCAACUACUCAUUUCAAUCAAUCAGUAGUAUACAGUUCUCCGAGAAUGUGAUUGCAUUCUUGCUUACCUUUCAUGAUAUUAAUCAGAUCAUAUACAUUGACCUGAAUAAUUUUAAUUUCCAAAGGAAACUGUGGUGAAAAUGUCACCCGUUGAGUUGUGUUCAUUGUGAAUUGUUUAUUUGACUCUAUCCUUAUGAAAAUGUGUGUAUACAGCUUAACUGAAUGUUAUUCAGUUAACUGUUUUAGGGAGUGUUUUACCGUCGUCAAUUAAAGUGGAUGAUCUAUCUCUUAGUGAUGAUAAGUUGUUCUUCAGGCUUAUUAAUGUAAACAUUAUUUCCCAUUAAGAAAGAAAAUAGAUAGCUGUUUAAUUAACUAACAGCUCCUUCAAUAUUAUUAUUAUUAUUAUCAUAAACGAGACUUUCGUGUCUAUCUUAAGCACGAUAUUAAGAAAAAUACAGUGUGUUAUCGUAUUUCCUAUUUUUUGCAUAUACUUUGUUGCAAAUAAAUAGACUGUCUGUAUAGAUAAGAAGAGAGAAGAGUUUUAUACAUAUUUGCUGCUGAAAAAAUUCGUUAUCUUUAUACAUAAACCAUUAAACUGAACGGAUAAGUAUACCUUUUAUGCUUAGCUUAGCAAUUCUUUAGCUGCGAGUAAUAUUCCUAUUGAAUGCUGAUGAAUUAGUUAUCCUAAGAUACAUUAGUAUAAGAGUGUUAACUGACGGAAACUACGACAGUUAAAUAAUUCAUUCAGAUAUCUAUAAAACACAAAUCGAGGAGGCGAACCAGUUCAUACGGAAUGAACAAAAUUUAGUUUUGUUUCACCAACUUAAUACUGACUGAAUGCAGAAUAGUCAUCAAAGCACUUCUGCAGUAAAUUUUUUCUUUAAAAAGGGCUUUUUAUCAUUGUAUUAAUAACUUCUUAGGAAAAUAAGUUUAAUUAUUCACUUUGACGAUUCUGAUGUCUAUUUUGAAAACUCUAUUUUUUUUCUCUUUAAGCUGCACUAUUCUUCAAGCAACUGAUAUUCAUUUAAAUCCCACUGAAAAUUGUACUUAAAAUAUCACUAUAAGUUUUGCUUGAAAAGCAACUAAAUCAGAAGACAGGUGAGCUGAGUAAUAGCCACUGUCCAUCACUUUGACAAACAACACUUCCCACUGAUAACAAUUUGCUAAUUUCAAAGCUAACAGUUACCCUUUGAAGAAAUCCCUUAAAACAACUCAUGAUUGACUUUUUGUCGUGGUCAGUGUGUAGAUAGAUGACUUCACUUUUACCCUAGUAAAACAAAAGUUGAUUACAGGCUUGACAGAUUUAAUCUAUUCGAAGUAUGUCUAUAAAAAAUAUUUUACAGUUUGGCACAUACAUAUUUUUUUUUAAAUAGCAGGACAGUACUUAAUUAGGAAUAUUUUUUUUCACUACAUAUUGUUUUGCAGUACCGACUGGCAUUGUGAUGCUAUACAAAAGCACAUGUUGACUAGGUUUGAAAUUUCGGUAUUAUUUGUGUCGAUGUGAUGAUAAACAGUCUACUGGGAAGUGUUUCGUUUUCAUCGACCGUGUCGGUUGUGACAGAUUUAAUUCUGACCAAUCAGCUUUCAGAUUUUCAGAGUUUAUAUUAAUCGCGUAACCAAUGAAAACAGAUUCAAAUAUUUAUUUAAAAUUACCUUAUAGGUUAAAGUAUUUCUAUGAAGUUGAUCCUAGUUUGGUGUUAUCAUAAUUUUUUUGUUUUGGAGUUAUUAAUAUUCAUUGAGAAUAUACCAAUAACAAAAACUGUCAUAACACUUUUUUGUUGAAAAUCUCCAAUAAUAUGAUGACAUCUUUUUGCAUUGUAAUCCACAUUGGAAUAUUGAUCAUUUGUGAAAUUUUUGUUUAAAUGGAAGUUAUGAAUGAGAAUUGUAGUGAAUUAUCCAAACCAACAAUUGCAAAUUCACUGAAGAUUAUAUCAUUUUCUAGUAUAAAACUAUUUGCUAUUAUUAUUCAACUAAUUGGAAUAUCAUUAAAUGUCUUUGUAUUGUAUGCAUUACUCAAUGUUAAACUUGGUUCACGUUUAACAACUCUGUUAUUGAGUAAUCAAUGUGUAUUCGACUGUUUAAUAUGCAUGUUGGCUUUGUUAAAAGUGCUGAAAACAGAACGUUGGUAUACUGGGUAUAUAAUUAUUGAUAGUUUGUUGUGUUAUUUAUGGUUUAGUUAUACUCUAUUUUGGUUUGUAGUGCUAUUAAGUUUAAGUAAUAUGAUGUGUACAGCAUUGGAUCGACUAGGCGCUGUUGUCUAUAGUCGUACAUAUCAACUACGUCAAAAUGUCUAUAUAACAUUAGCCUAUACAAGUAUUCUAAUCUAUUCACUAGCCCUAGUCUCUAUUAAUCCCUUAUUAUUACAAUAUCGUGAUAAAAAGUGUUAUGAUACCAUUUUAUAUGAUAAAAAGUGGAUAAUUAUAUUAAUGAAAGUUGAUUCUGUCCUAUGGCCAUGUCUCACUUACUUAUUCCCAUGUAUACUAACAAUAAGUGUCUAUGCUAAAGUGAUAACCAUUUUAAGAAAUUCAACAGUUUAUCGUCAAACAAGUAGUCAUCGUGGAAUUAAUGACAAUAAAAGCGCUACUGGCAGCAGUAACAACAACAACAACGCCAGCACCAAUAACAAUAGCACUGAUAAUCAUAACAAUAGUCAUCGUAAAGCAUCAAAUCGUCAAACACCUAAAUCAUAUAAUAAACAGAAACGACAUCGGAAAAUUGCUCAGUCAUUAACAAUUGCUACAUGUAUUAUGCAAACAAUAUUUCUUAUCACACAUUCAUAUGAUCGAAUUUAUUACUUUCUUGGUAUACAUCGGUGGAUAUCUUAUCAGAUUGGUUGUACAACUCAUGUAUUUGGUUUAUGGUUGGUAACAUUGAAUAGUUGUAUAAGUCCAAGUGCGCUUAUCUUCACUGUACGUCCAUUACAAGUAUACCUUUUACAAGCAAUGAAUCGAUGCUGUUGUGCAUGCUCGAAAAAAUUCAAUAUUCCUGUAUCAAUUAAUUAUCCAACAGAUUAUUCUGAAGCACAUUUAAGUAGAAAUGAACAUGAAAAUAGAACUAGUCGAAUUGAAUCAAGUAUAGCAUCAAAAAAAGUUUCAAAUUGAGGCAAAAAAACAACCCAAAAUACUAGAAGAAAAAACGUACAUCUAAACAGAUUACAAAAAGGGGGAGAAAAUUCUCUAAUAAGAGGUGAUGUCUUCAUUUUCCACGGGAUUUCAGCAAUAAUGAAUAUUAUGGAAAUAUUGCCAAUAUGUGUACACUUAUACUAACCGACUAGAAAUUCAUAUUGUAAUAAGUCAUUUAAUAUUGGUUAAUAGUAUCCUGUCGACUGUGUAUAAAAUAGUAUGUAUAAUAUUAUCUUCAUUUUUUUUCUCCUGAUAUAUUUUCUUAAAUUCCGGAAUAUAAAACAUAUUGAGUCAUAGGGAUUAUUUAAAAGGCGGUUGCAGCGGCGAAAAUUUUCUUUUCAACGAAGUUAUCAACUAGACUCAUGUAUAUUCAUGUAUUUAUAGUAAAUGUAUGAGAAAGUUUCCGGAAUUAUUUCCGGUCAAAGGUUAAGUCGGGCCACAUAUCGCUGACAUCGUCACUGAUAAGCAUUUGAUUUCAUGCCAAAAAGUGUGAGCAUCCAUUUUAUCCACAGGCAAAAAAAUAGAAGUUUCAAAAGACUUUAUGCGCGCACGUCUAAGUAUAAAAAUUCCACAAUACCAUAUCUGGUGUUACAUAUUUUAUGUGAUGGAAAUAGUAUCAGGCAUGAGCUAACUAACCUUUUUAUCACUAGUAAAUAUACAAUUUUCUCCACCCUGAUGACAUCAAACUUUACUGGCAUUAUUCUUAUAUUUAUGACCCUCUCACUAUUUUUUUGUUUUGUUUAUUUUCUCAUAAGUGUAAACAUCAUUUAAGUUGUGUAAUAAUUGUUAUUUUUUGUUUU